CUUCCCCGUGUGUGUCGACUCCUUUCCGCACGCCAACAUGUAGUCUGCUCUUCCCACACGGUCACACGAGGAAGCGAUGCAGCGGAACCCAAAGCAUGGGGAAUGAGCUACUCCGAGCGCAGAAACCUCUUGAGACCGCUGGAAGCCGGGUCCGUCCGCCCCUCCAUCUGGUUCGGCCCUGGACUCGUGGAACUGGAGGAGGCCUUCCCGCCCAGGAGUCACCUCUCUCGCCUCUCUCGCAAGUUUUCCUCUCCCGCCUGCCAAGCCUUCCUCGUCUGCCUCGGACUACUCCACGCGGAAGCCUCCUCCCCCCUCACCCUGCAGGCUUUCCUCAGUCGGGACCGGACGGAGGGAACGAGGACCCAUUGGAGAGGGAACGAGGACCCAAUGGAGAGGCUCCGAUGGGACGACGGCCCAAUGGAGAGACUCCGUGGGGGGAGACCCAAUCGGGUGACACGGUGA